UGUGCAGCCGCUGUGCACAUGCUCAUCGGGGCCCCAGCGGCCGGGCGUCUGAGCAUCUGCGGCGCCGGGGAGGGCAGCUCCUGGGGCAGGGAGGUUAGAGCGGGCGGUGGGUCCCCGGCCCCGCUGCGGGGCUCCGCAGCCCCUACCGGCCCGGGCCAGCGCCAAGCAGCGGCGGCGUGGCUCGGAGGGCAGGCGGGCGGCGACAGGCUGUGCCCCACUUUGUGUCCAAUCAGAGCGUGCGGGGUGCGCGCGGAACAGGGCAGCAAUGCGUAAACAAGCCUGGGAAACUCCUCCGCCCCCCGCGCCGCUCCCUCGCACUCCGCUCCGCCGUGCUCUCCCCCGGCUGGCUCCCGCAGCCUCCCCCGCCCUCCGGCUCCGGAGCGCCCUACCGUUACCCGCCUCCCCGCCGCCCGCGCUCCCCCCAAGCUCAGGGCCUCUUGAGGGAAGAGAGCCUGCUUCAGUGCGGGCAGAGGCUGAACGAGCUGAGAUUUCUGGCUGGAGAGAGGGGGAGAGAGAGAGAGACCCUGAAAUGUGUUUGGAAGACGCUGCUGCAGUUUGUGAUGCUUGUAGCUUCCUGCUGGGGACAGAGCAGCAGCAGCAGCACAUUCGCUGUUCGAUGAGGAGCUGGUGAAAACUCCAGGUAGAAGAUAAAUUAAGGAAUCAGAAGAAACUUGAAUAUACCACAAAGAAAACAAGGAAGUAUCCCGGAGCAGAAUCUAGAGUACAAGUGCUGGUAUGAAAACACCCAGCCCAGAAAAGGAGCAGGAGUUAUGAAUGAUGUCUCCGUGAGAGGUCUGGAAUGUCCAUCAAAUGCCUGGAGAGGUGCAGUUGCACAGAGCAGCUCCUGUGAACCACAUCACCUCCAGCUGUCAAACUCACCCCUCUGGCCUAAAGCGCUCAGCCAGCAUCGCCUGCCCCACGAAUGGCUACCCAGAGGAAGCACUUGGUGAAAGAUUUCAAUCCUCAUAUCACCUGUUACAUCUGUAAAGGAUAUCUUAUCAAGCCAACCACAGUAACUGAAUGCCUCCAUACCUUUUGUAAGACAUGUAUUGUUCAGCACUUUGAAGACAGCAAUGACUGCCCCAGGUGUGGCAAUCAGGUGCAUGAGACCAAUCCAUUAGAAAUGUUAAGGUUGGAUAACACAUUAGAGGAAAUUAUAUUUAAGCUGGUGCCUGGACUUCGAGAACAGGAACUUCAGCGUGAGAUCGAAUUUUGGAAGAAAAACAAACCUCCAGAAAAUGGACAAGGUGUCUGUGGCAGCUUGCUUGUAGAGAUCGGCAGGAUGAGUGGAGGAGUGCUUGAGCAGGGUAGCAGAGAGUAUGAAAGUCCAAAAGCUGACAAGCCGAAAGUAGAUGAAGAGGAUGAUGAAAAUCAAGAUGAUAAAGAUUAUCAUAGGAGUGACCCACAGAUUGCUAUUUGCCUUGAUUGUUUACGGAACAAUGGGCAGUCAGGGGAUAACAUAGUAAAAGGUUUAAUGAAGAAAUUCAUCCGCUGUUCUACACGAGUAACUGUAGGAACCAUCAAAAAGUUUCUCAGUUUAAAAUUAAAGCUUCCAAGUUCUUAUGAGCUGGAUGUACUAUGCAAUGGUGAAAUCAUGGGGAAGGAUCAUACUAUGGAAUUCAUCUAUAUGACGAGAUGGAGACUAAGAGGCGAAAAUUUUCGGUGUCAGAACUGCUCAUCUUCGCAAGUCUGCUCACAGGAUGGCACUUUUUAUCAGUCUUACCCAAUGGUACUGCAGUAUCGACCCAGAAUUGACUUUGGUUAGACCAAAGGGCCGGAUCCUACUGAGAUGAAUCCUGCACUAUUUGUUACCCAUCGACAGAUUGCACAAUGAAUGGAUGUGCCUGGAUUAAGGGGACACAACCAGAUUUUCAGCAUGCAAAUAAGGACAUUGUCUUUCUUAAAAUUGUCAAUUGCGUCUUUGUUGUUUCUAUUAGAGCAAGCCAAGUGCCAUUCUGCUACUGAAAUGUGCAUAAGAUAUUUGUGGUAUCUUAAAAGUGUGCUGCAAGUCAUAGCCAAAAUCAUGACGUGUAUAGUCAAGAUUCAGAAACUACAGAACAUUUUGCCUGCCUGUUAGAAGAGUUUUCUGGUCCUAAUGUUGAUUACACUAGCAAAAUGGCAGAAUGCUCAUUCCAUGUGGUGUUGCAAUUGUCACAUAUUUACUAUUUUACUGAUUAUUGUUGUAUAAAUGAUAGAGAACUGUACAAAAAGUUAUGGAUUAUACCUUGAAAAUAUUUUGUAUAGAAAAUAUAUUUCGAACAGUGGUGAUUGUGCCACUACAUUUUUCUUGUUAAGUUUCCAUGCGUCCAGGUAUAGCUCGCUCAUGAGUGUGCAACAAUCAUUUUCCAAUGAAUGAAGAUUAUCCUUACAACAAUAUUAGAACAUAGUAAUUCAACUAAGCCAUUUUAAAUUGUCUAAAUAGAUUCUACCAGUAUCACCUAAUAGCACCAUAGCCCUUGUGAGUGCAAAAUUGUAUGACUUGCCUAAAGAUUGGAAUUUGAUAUACAACUAUUUAGGAUAAUGGCAACUGGUCAAAUUAGGUUUCUUUUAAUAAAGUCAGUGUAAAAGUGAGGUUAAAAUAAUUUAAAUGUCUAAUAAAAAAGCAGAAAUUCCUGUCUAAAAUUACACCAUAUAGCGAACAUUUAUAUAUCUUUUGUCACUCUGUGACGUUCACUUUAUUUUUAAGAUUGGAUUUAGAUGUGUCCAAGUGUGGCAUAUAAUAGAGUAAAAUAAUACAAACUAACAUAUUUCAAAAUACAUAGCUUUAAUGGCAUUAAAUUUCUAUGUUAUGUUUAUCUUGAGUUCAAAAGCUAUUGCACAUUAACUUAAUUAGUUAUUGUCGCAUCCUAAAGCUAAUUCCAUAAAACUAGAGGUAAUGCAAUAUAGUAGAUAAGCAGUCUGAUAAAAAUAAUAGGCUGUUCAAGGCAUUUUUUUUCUCAGACCUGGUAAUGGUGGGGGGAAAAGUGCUUUUUUUGGCCUUAGGUAUCACAAAUAUAAUGGUUCUAGUGAAGAAAAUUGUAUUAAGGUUUCUGGUAACAUUGCAGGGAGCAUUAUAUUUCAUGCAUUUUC